AGCUAUAAAGAGUAAAUUAGCUUCCGACUUGACGUCACUGUUUACAAACACAGGCACCGGAAGUGAGACACGGGCACAAACAAGAUUACGGAAAGAGUGGCGAGGAAGAGAGAGACGUGCGCUGUAUCAGCCGGACGGGGAGACAGAAAAACCUGUAGAUUUCAGCCACACACCUUCACUGGAUUACUGGAUUUUACAGUCUGUGUUUAAGGGCAAAGAAGACCGUUUUAAAGAGCUGCAGAAAGAUCGCUUUGAGUUUGUGAAAUUCAAGAUAUGAGGUCAGAAAGCCUUCUUAACCUCCAGAGCGUCACUCUUCAGUGAUCAGAAAGCCUCGCUGUGACUCAGCUGUUCCCAGAAUUAGGCAACUCCAAAACAACACGACUAGACAGAGGUGUGCUGAAAAACUGCCCCUUUAACAGUGUCCUCCUCUGCAUACUAGUGAAGGAUGUGGCGUGAAAGCAAGUUUUUAACUUAAGAAGGAAUUGAUGUAAUAUAUCUGGCUUUUUGGUGUAAGCGAUUGCUUUUAAAAGACUGACACGCGCAGAAACUAAAACUCAGAAAUAUGAACACCUGAUCUCACCUGUCAGGUCAUGGCAGAUUCUUGCCCAGACACCGUUGAUGGUGAGAUAAUAGGCAUUUCUGAGGGACAGCAGUUAAACACAACCAAAAAUGAGGACUUUGAUGCUGCUAGACCACACGACAAGGAAGUCAUCCAAAGAGAGGGUGUCACCAACGAUGAGCAAUCCUCACACCUUAUGAAAGAUGACCUUAUAACAUGCAAAAAUCCUCCAACAACCACAGCUUCUCUUGAAGACGGAGUUAACGCAACUCUGUCUGCGACCAGUAAAAGCCAAGACAAAACCGAUGAAUCGGAGAUCAUCAAUAGCCAAUCCUACACGCCCAGCCAAUCAGAGGUGACGCCCACUUUCUCCAUGGCCAGUCUGGAGCUCUCCGAGGAGACUAAUGGGAUUCCUCCUGAAAUACCUUUGAUUUCAUCCAAAUCUGCUGAGGAUGGCAACCAAGUCCCCUCUCAGGGGAGCGGAGGGGCCUGUGUAGGGGCUGCGAGGGCAUCAGAGCCUAGCAUGCCGGCAUAUUAUUUUGUCAAGUGGAUAACCUGGAAAGAGAAGAAGACGGCUAUUAUCACACAGAGCGAGAACGGACCCUGCCCCCUGAUUGCCAUCAUGAACAUCCUGUUGUUGCGGUGGAAGGUGAAGUUACCGGCUCAGACUGAAGUGGUCACCACUGAAGAGCUGAUGGCUCACCUUGGUGAAUGUGUGCUGUCCAUCAAACCGCGGGAGAGAGCAGAGGGCAUGGAGCUCAAUUUCCAGCAGAACAUGAGCGACGCGAUGGCUGUGCUGCCAAAGUUGUCCACGGGCCUCGAUGUUAAUGUGCGUUUUACAGGUGUGUCGGAUUUUGAGUACACACCUGAAUGCAUCGUCUUUGAUCUGCUUGACAUUCCUCUCUACCACGGCUGGCUUGUCGACCCACAGAGUCCUGAGGUGGUGUCUGCAGUGGGCAAACUCAGCUACAACCAACUGGUGGAGAAGAUCAUAGAGUUCAAGCACUCCACAGAUACCAGUCAAGUCAGCGAAGGUUUGAUAGCAGAGCAGUUUUUGGAGUCCACAGCAACCCAGCUGUCAUAUCACGGCCUGUGUGAGCUCAACACGACAGCCAAGGAGGGCGAACUGUCUGGGUUUUUCAGGAACAACCACUUCAGCACUAUGAUUAAGCACAAGGGUCACCUUUACCUGCUGGUCACAGAUCAGGGUUUCCUGCAGGAGGAGAGCGUCGUGUGGGAGAGUCUCCAUAAUGUGGAGGGGGAUGGGAAUUUCUGUGACUCAGACUUCAGAUUGUGCCACCCUUCCCAGAAACCCACAGGAGCCAGCCAGCCCUCUGCACAACAACAGCAGCAAAUGCAGAUCGACCAGGACUACCUGGUGGCGAUGUCCCUGCAGCAGCAGCAGGGUGACGCUCCCGGACCCAUGAGUGAUCUUGAGCUGGCCAGACAGCUACAGCAGGAGGAGUACCAGCAGCCACAGACACAACAGCACCAGCCCUCAGCAGGACAGAUGAGAGGUCAGGCCGCACCUCAGCAAGGAGGACAGAGGCGCCGGGAAAAGAAGGACGACUCGGAUUGUUGUAUUCUUUAAGCCAGACUCUGAAAGCCAGUUCAGCUUCAGUUACCACUACUGAAACAAAGGACUUCACUCUUAGCAGACCCGUCGUCCCAUUGCCAAGCCUGCCUUUACAGUACAGUUGAUCCCCUUGUUUUUGCCUUUCCUUUAUCCGUGUGGUUGGAACUGUUGCUCAUCAUUGUCUACUGGACCAAAUAAAGGUAGCAAUUGUUUCUAAGAAUUAAUGAGCAUUUGUUUGAGUGCUACUGUGGAGCUCCUAACUAUGCCAUUAAAGAUUGAAGACUGUAAUGGUAAAUAAUCAGGUAUUGUAAUAAGAAUUUAAUAUUACACUGAAAUACUACUGUCUCAAGUUGAUUUGUACAUACUGGUUAUUGGCUUGUCAUCCAAAGUGAUACACAGUACACUACAUACACAGGACUCUGGAUCUUGUAAGCUGAGCUAAUAAAAGCCACCUAUGUGUUAACAGGAAA